AUGCUUCCUUACUCUGCUGUUGCUGCCAUCGACUACGCCGCUUAUCAGUCACGUCCGGGUCUGACGACAUCAAAUGGAGCGCCUCUUGGCGCGUCAUUCACCCACUCGUGGUUGGUACCGACGCAGGAUUUAUGCGGCGUAAAUUUUAAGCCUGAUCAGCAGCAAAAUCAGCUUAUUGUCGACCCUGGGCAUGUUGAGAACUUUUUUUUUAUAAGGUUUAGGGAUUUAAUUAGUUGA